CACAGGCUUGUAGUUAAGGCACCGACUCUCCGAGUGAGUAAACCCUUUGAGUUUUGGCGAAGCUCAACGGUUCAAAGCAACUAAUUUCAGUUGUGAAAAUUGAGGAUACGCAGACUUGAAGUUGAAGAUUUGAUCUUUAUCUUUUGUGAAUAUGAUGCUCAAAAUGUCUUCUUCUUGUUCUUCUAGUUGCAGAAGCAGCAGCACAAGAGGUAACCCAUUUCUGCACUUUACCACUCUUGUUGUUCCCAUCAACAAUUACAUGAGCACAAGAAGAAGAGGCUUUCAUUCUCAACCCUCAAUCCCAGCUAAAUCUAGAGAAACCCAUCGAGGGAAGCUUGUCAGAGACAACCCCCAACCCUCUGUGCCCAAAGUCAGAAGUCUUGAACAUGCCUUGAAGGUGUUCGAUGAAAUGCUUCAAAGGCGUCCUCUGCCUUCGAUUGUCCGUUUCACUCAAAUCUUGACUCAAGUUUCCAAAUUGAGUCAAUAUUCGGCAGUCAUUUCUAUGAAUAAACAGAUGGUUCACUGCGGAAUUGGUCCUAAUCACUAUACUCUAUCUAUUAUCAUGAAUUGCUUUUGCCAUUUAAAUCAAAUGGGGUUUAGCUUAUCUGUCUUGGCACAAUUCUUCAAAUUGGGUCUUCAACCAACUGUCACCACUUACACUACUCUAAUCAACGGCUUUGUUCUCAAGAAUGGAAUAGCAAAGGCAGCAGGGAUUUUCAGCAAAAUGCUGCAGGCAGGUCAUUGUGUGCCUGAUGUGGUGACUUUCAACACACUAAUAAAGGGACUUUGCAUGAGGGGUGACAACACUGCAGCUAUUCAGUUGCUCAGGAAGAUGGAAGAAAGAGGUUGUAAGCCUAACGUAGUCGUCUACAGCACGAUCAUUGACAGUCUUUGCAAGGAUACACUAGUUGUUGAUGCUGCGAAGCUCUUCUCAGAAAUGAUUAGUAGGGGCAUUGCUCCAAACGUUGUUACUUACACCUCUUUGAUUCAAGGAGUUUGCAACAUAGGUCAGUGGAAAGAAGCUACAAGGUUGUUGAAUGAAAUGGCGAGUAGAAAUAUCUUUCCGGAUGUAGUCACCUUCAAUGUCUUGGUUGAUGGACUUUGUAAGGAGGGGAUGGUUGUGGAAGCCAAAAGUGUAGUUGAAAUGAUGAUCCAAAGAGAUAUUGAGCCUAAUGUAAUUACCUACAAUUCACUAAUGGAUGGUUACUGUUUGCGAGGUGAAAUGGAUGAAGCAAGAAAAGUCUUCGAUCUAAUGCUUAGCAAGGCCUGCAUGGUUAAUGUUCGUAGUUGUAGUAUAUUGAUAAAUGGAUACUGCAAACAUAAAAAGAUGGAUGAGGCCAACAAGGUUUUUCAGGAAAUGCUUUGUAUGGAACUUGUUCCCAAUACCAUUACUUACAAUACUCUUAUUGACGGUUUUUGUAAAGCGGGAAGAAUACAGGUAGCAGAGAAGUUGUUCUCUCAGAUGCAAGGUAGUGGCCAACUUCCAGAUGUUCAAACUUACACCAUUCUAAUGGAUGGCCUAUGUGGAAACAAGCAACUUUGUACGGCAAUGGAACUGCUUAGAGAGGUGGAAGACAAGAAGUUGGAACUAGAUAUUGUAAUUUACACUGUUAUAAUUGAAGGUUUGUUCAAAGCUGGAAAACUUGAAUCUGCUGCAGAUGUUUUCUCUAGUUUGUCUGCAAAAAGAGUUCAGCCUAAUGUGAGGACAUAUACUGUGAUGAUUAAUGGACUCUGUAAUGGACGCCUAUGGGUUGAAGCAGAAAAGUUGUUUAGAGAAAUGGGAGAGAAAGGCUGUUCUCCAAAUGAGUGUACAUAUAACACCAUCAUCCGAGGGUUUAUCAAUAACAAUGAGAUAUCAAGAGCUGUGGGACUAAUUCAAGAAAUGGUGGAUAUGGGGUUCUCUGCAGAUGCAUCAACUACAGAAUUGAUAAUUGAUUUGUUGUCUAAAGAUGAAGUAGAUCCAGCUUUGUUGUCAUAUUUAAAAAGUUCAUUAUGAAGAAAAACUUGUGGAUUUGGUAGUCAUCUUGAAAUUUAGAAUGGUAAGAAUAUGUGUUAAUUUUCUUUUUCUCUCUAUCUCAUGAAUUUAAUGUACA